CCGAAUCGAUCAUCGAGUGAAUCGAGGGCGCCUCCCUUCGGACUUCAGCUAUCACAAUGGCAGAUAAACAAAACGCUCAGAAAAGUGUGAAAAUAGCCGCUGGAGCCGUAGUGUGUGUAGAAAGUGAAAUAAGAGGAGAUGUAACCAUAGGUCCCAGGACGGUCGUGCACCCUAAAGCUCGCAUUAUCGCAGAAGCAGGACCCAUCGUGAUUGGAGAAGGCAAUUUAAUCGAGGAGCAAGCAUUGAUUAUUAACGGUUACCCAGAAAACAUCACACCUGAGUCUGAGGUGGAACCAAAGACGAUGAUCAUCGGCAUGAACAAUGUAUUUGAAGUUGGCUGUGUAUCACAAGCCCUGAAAAUUGGGGACAACAACGUGAUUGAAUCUAAAGCUGACGUUGGUAGAAAUGUGAUCCUCACCAGCGGCUGUAUCAUUGGAGCCUUCUGUCAGGUCAACACCUGCGAGGUCAUACCUGAGAACACGGUCAUCUACGGCUCUGGGUGUAUGAGGCGGGUUCAGACGGAGAGACCGCAGCCCCAGACUCUGCAGCUUGACUUUCUGAUGAAGAUUCUGCCAAACUACCACCAUCUGAAGAAAACUGUUAAAGUUGGCCACAGUGCAAGCUAAAGUAUAGCUUUAAGCUUCUGCUUCUUAGGUUGGAUUGUAAAUGGCUAGCAAACCCAUAUUUAUAUAGAUCUUUCUAGAAGAAAGCAUGAAUGUAUAUAUAAUAUGUACCUAGCUUCAGCUACAGUUCUUUUUCUCACUAAUUGCUAAAUAUUUUCUACUCUGACAGCUGAUUAAGCUUUUCAUCUUUAUCUUGCUGUGCUGAUGUGCCCUUUUCUAUGAUUAAUUAAAUAACCUCAAAACUGCU